GAUAACUAUAAAACAUUCCUCCACCAGCAUUCGUUAUUUUUUUUCAGGAAGACACCACAAAGAUGACAGAGAGCUUCAUCAAUGAUAUUAAACAGAUGUUCUCCAAGCAUGAGAAACGACAACACAUUCACCUUGAUACAGUAUAUUUCAUAAAUGGAAUUGAUGAACACGACGUUGAAAUACAACACAUGACAGAUCAGGUUGUCAUGUUUGCGAUGCAGCAAUCGUCCUGGGGCCAGAGAAGACCUAUGCAAUGGGUUCCGUUACAGUUACAAAUCUCCAACAUGAGAAUGAAGAAUAUAAACAUCAUUACAAAGAAAGACCUCCUAAAUGUCAACAAGCUGAAUGACGAUCUUGCUUUAGGAGAAGGUCAAUUGGAUGAUUUCCUAUUGGUCCAGCACUCUCUUGGUAAGCUGAUGUAUUACAACCGAAAUGGGUUAGACAAAUUCAUCAUUAUUCACCCUCCUGCAUUAGUAAACAUAUUGAGAUCAUUCGUUACAGAUGAGAGGUUCUUUCCAGCAGAGAAAGAUCUCAAAUCUAUACUGCAAACAUUGACCGACACCGGAAAAAUCGACAAAAAAGAUCUUUUGAAGCUUUGGCAACAAAAUCAUUUACAUGAAUAUAUGCCAGAUGAUUCCAUUAAAGAAUUUGUUUUAAAGCUCCUUAUACAUUUGGACAUUCUGAUUAUUCCAAAGGCGAAUACACAAACUUCUGUCUAUGAUGUUUACCUCGUACCAUGCAUGAUCAAAGUUUCUAAACCAUUUGGUUUUAAUUCCUUCGACAAUCAGAUACAACAAACGAUAUGUUUAAGGUAUUCAUUAUCUCUGCACUCUAUUCCUACUGCAUUGGCUUACAAAGUACUUGGCGCAGCACUCAAUGCUUGGCCAUUGAAAUAUAAAAAUCAAAAACCGUGUCUUUACCACAAGGCUGCAGUGUUGAAUGUGAACGAGGAAAAUGAAAUCAGAAUAUGUUUGGAAGAUAAUCGAGUUUUGAUAUCCUUGGCAAAUCAGCAAUCAUUACUUGAUAUAUCACCCGAUGUGGCAGCAAGCAUACAAGAAUGUCUAACAAAGAAUCUCGAGUCGUCCCUCUUAUUCUAUUAUAACAGCUUUGGCAGAAAAAUGAAGCAAACAAAUGUGUCAGAACUAUACACAAUAGAAUUAGGGAUUCCAUGCGACAGAUAUGUUUGCUUUAUAUCUUCGCAAGAAAGCUUGACAAAUGACAAAUGGAUAUGUGAUAAUGGGAAGGUACACGAAACAAGAUACUUACGAUAUUGGGUCUUCAACAAGAGCCAAAAGACAUGCGGACGUGAAUGUAAAGGUCUCGACGUAAAUGAACUGAAAACAGAACCAAGUGAUAAGCACCUUGUUAGGUUGGGAGGUCAGAUUGGAAUUCGGUCAUUUGAAGAAUUUUUUAUUAACUUGGGAAUGGAAAAGAACAAAUGGGAAAACACUGAAUAUAUGUAUGCUGGUCACAGUCCAGAGGGCAUCAUGUCGAUGGCACUGAACACAUGGAAACAUUCCAGGGAGAAUCCGUCUUUGAAAGACCUUUCCGAUGCCUUGAUAGCAGUGAAUCUGAAUGGCCACCUGAUAUGUCAGGUUUUCAGAGAAAAGACUAAGAUGUUUGAAAUUGCGGACUUCCAUCUGCAAGCCAUUCCAAGUGACCUUCAUUUGAAGGAACUGUCAAAUCAUAUUGGAAAUUGUCCACUGCAGUUGGGUAUAGAACUAGGAUUAAGCUUCACUGAUGUAGAGCAGAGUUUGUUCAAGUUUCAGAAAGAUUUACCUGGUUUGGUGGAAGACAUUUUGGGGAAGUGGAAGAGACAAUCCAAAGUCAAGACCAUACAUAGCUUAAUGAUGGCGCUUGAGCGAGUCAACUCAGGUGGAGUCAGAUAUUUACGUGACACAUCAAAGCUUUCAUAAUCAAAGUACUAAUAAAUGUAUGGUUUUAUAAAUAUUAUUAUGACGUCCAUUUUCACUGAACUAGUACACAUUUUUGUUAAGGGGGCCAGCUGAAGUCCGCCUCCGGGUGCUGGAUUUUCUGACUGUGUUGAAGACCCAUUGGUGGCCUUCAGUUGUUCUUAUUUACUCUUGGGUCGGGUUGUUGUCUCUUUGACAACUUCCCCAUUUCCAUUCUCUAUUUUAUCAUAAGUCUACUUUUGUGAUUUUCAAAAAUCAAUCAUUAUCUUUAAUUGUUUGCAAUGCGUUAAAACAUGUUAAAUGUGCUAUACAUUUUUUUCUCUUAAAAUAUCCAGCGUAUCUGAUAAUGGUUGGCUUAGAAUGACUUAUGUUCCUCUCUUAAAUUAAUGCAGCAGUGAGUUCAAUCCUAUGGAUACAAACAUAAAAUGUAAUGCUAUUGAAAAUAAAAGGCCUGAUGAUACAUGUCAUACUUAAAAAAGCUGUUCAUACAAAGAAAUUUCUAAAAGGGACACCAAUACAAUGUUCAGUUUUUAUUGACAACCAAUACAGCACGUUUGAUGAAAGUGUUUUCAAAGAAUAAAAAUCAACGAAUCUGACAUUAAACUCACAUUCAUAUAAAAAUAAGGAGAUGUAGUAUUAUUUCCAAUGAAACAACUGUCCACUUUUUAGCAGUGGAAUAUUUUUCUGCAUUUUACAUUUCUAACAUGAUGUUGUGAUAUCACUGUUCAGUAUGAAUGUGUUUUAUUUUAUUAUUUUAAAAUACAAUUUCUAUUACAAAGUAUUUCCCAUUCAGAAGAUUUUAAAAUGCUCCUACGAAUAAUGAAAUAAACCAGACAUAUAGUUGUAGUGUUGUUCCAUUUUUUAUUUACAUAAAAGCAAAGCUUUAAGACGUCGAUCUAUUCUUUCACACGUAAGGUACCGAUAUAUGUAAAAAUAGAAGUCGAUCUAUGUGAUACGAAACAAGAAGUAUCAUCGACAAUAACCAGACUGCUAGUCAAAAUGUCAAUUCUACGAUCAGAAUCAAUUUUCCCAAUGUUUUUUCUCUGUCAUUGACGACCAAGUUACUGAUGAAAUCCCUUUGACGUCCUUAUUCUCCAUCAUACACGCUAUUUAAGGCACGGAUACCAAGUUUCGACAUAUGAGAGUGUAUAAUAUCUGUUAACAGCUUUUGCAGAAAAGUAACAAAAAAAGGCCUCAUAAUUGAAAUCUGAUUUUUAAUUAUCAUUUAGAAAAAAUGAGACUGGCAAUAAAGUUGACUUAUUGACGAACAGCUUACAUUUUUCAGUUGUAUUUUUCCAAUUUGCAUCGCGUAACAUUUACUUUUUUUUUUAAAUGAGAUAUAACAAAGUCUCCAGAAAAGGUUAAGUAGCAGCUUCCUCAAUAUUUUUUGCAACUAUCAAUUUUCGCAGACGAGUGGGAAUUAUCACAAAAUGUUCUUAACCAUGAUAUAAUAGACAUUUUAACAUAAACCAUUCCAUUAAUACUAUUUAAUAACUUCUUAAUCAGUUUUCUUAGCUUUUUUUCAUCCUUUGUACCAUAUUGAAAUUUUAGUCGUGUAUGCCAUUAUCUUGUAUAAACAUUAAAUCCUUGAGAUUUUUUUUUUUCAAUUUUGGAAAAUUUGUCUCCAUAUAAUACAUAUUAAUAUAAUAAGCGGCUGAUCAAACGAAUGUUGGCGUAAACAUAAUACAUGUGCGAAUAAAAGGAUUUGUAGAAUAACUGUCAAUAAGACAGCGACGCUCGACAAAGAAUAUUUAAAGACUUCUAGAAGGCAACACACAUUCAUCAAUAAUAGAUAUAUGUCUAGAUCUAUCCAUUAUGUCAAGCUGUAAUCAUCCCAAGGAUACACAAAGAGUAAGUAAAUGAAACAGAUACAUUCAAAUAUCGGACAUCAACACCAAAGUUUACAAAAAAAAAAGACAUUGCUUAAGGCGACCGAUGACAAGUUUCCUUUCUUUAAACAGACACAUGUUUAUGCGGCAGGGUUUAUCUUGUUUUUAGAUCUUUCCAAACACUUCUAUCUUAAUAUUGAUAAGUAGACUAGAAACCUACCUAUCAAAACAGAAAAAAAACAGUUCAGACAACAUCUUAGCUCUCAAAUAAAAAAGUUCAUGAGAACAAACACACAAUGGUAAUAUUAUACCAUAUUUUAAAUCAGACACAUCUUCACUCCAAUAUCGCUAGCUUAUCUCGAUUCAAUAUCAAUAGAACAUUUCACACAGCUACGUAUUCAACAACAUAUGAAGACAAUAUAAUGUGGAAUGCCCAGAACAGACUAUAUACAUCAACAAAUUUAGAGUUGUUUGAAAUAUAAAGUAGCUCAGAAAUGGUUAAAAAAAAUAGCAGACGCAGUGAUUGGAUUAGACAAAAUAGUUGAUAUUUUCUCUGUAUGUUGAGUCAAUGAAAAAGAGUAGCAUCACAAAUAACAGACGUCAUAGCUUUAAAAACAAUGUUAUAAAAUGCUUGAUGAAAAAUACCGCUUGUUAUAAAAUUAAAGGUUCAAUUAUACUUCAACAGUUAUCUUUAUUUGUCAUAGCAUUUAGUAAAAGUGUUUACAUAUUCAGAAUAUGUAUAUAUCCUUGCUGUAGAAAAAUAAUAUAUAAAGUAUUUCUUUUGUUAUAAUCGGGGAAGUCACUUCAAUACUGAGUUAACCAACUAUACUACAUGUAUGCACGUUUCGUCAAUAAAGUGUAUCGACAAGUUGUAGCUCCAUUAUAAGCAUACCUGUUCCUUUUCUGUUUUGAAUCACAAUUUAUGGCCAAACUCAGUUUACCGUAUAAAGUCAAUUUAAUAAACAACACUUACGGUUAUCUUGAUGAUAUUUUUUCGUUACAUAAUCAAGAAAUCUCUAAAUAAACUGCUGGAAUUUACCCAAAGGAACUUACUUUAAAUAAAUCAAAUAUUAACAGCAAUAACUGUCCUUUCUUAGAUUUAGAUAUUUCAGUAUUACACCUGAAACUCUACACAAAAAUUUCCGACAAAAAAUGAUUUUUCUU